AUGUCCGCCCGGUCAGCCUGGCGCGCUCUGCACUACAGCGCCAAGCGUCGCGUGGUGCAACCGACCUCUCCCUACCGAUGCUUUUCGUGCACUCGUCAGGCCUUUGAUCAGGCCAAACCGGACCAGCAGCGCAUGACACACUUUGGCUUUACCAAUGUACCUGAAUCAGAGAAGGAAUCGCGCGUCGGCGCCGUCUUCAGUUCCGUCGCCUCAUCCUACGAUAACAUGAACGACCUCAUGUCUCUGGGUAUCCACCGUCUCUGGAAAGACCACUUCGUCCGCUCGCUCAACCCAGGCACGCCCGUCGCCAAUCGACCGGCCGACGCCAAAGACCAAGGCUGGAACAUCCUCGACAUCGCCGGCGGGACCGGCGACAUCGCCUUCCGCAUGCUCGACCACGCCACCAACAUCAACCACGACAUGCAGACCCGCGUCACCAUCAGCGACAUCAACGCCGAAAUGCUGGCCGAAGGCCGCAAGCGCUCCACCGCCACCCCAUACUACAACACCUCGCGCCUGUCCUUUGUCCAGGCCAAUGCCCAGGACAUGCCGCAUAUCCCCUCCGACUCAGUCGAUCUGUACACGGUGGUGUUUGGUAUCCGCAACUUCACCGACAAGCAGGCUGCGCUAAACGAGGCCUUCCGUGUGCUCAAGCCCGGCGGCGUGUUUGCUUGCAUGGAGUUUAGCAAGGUGGAGAAUCCGGUCUUUGAUGCCGUGUACAAGAGGUGGAAUUUCGGCGCGAUCCCCUUGAUCGGCCAGAUUGUUGCCGGAGACCGGGAUAGUUACCAGUACUUGGUGGAAAGCAUUGAGCGGUUCCCGAGUCAGGAGGAGUUCCGUGGGAUGAUUCAGAAGGCUGGAUUCGAGAUUCCCGGGAAGGGGUAUGAGAACUUGACGGGUGGUAUUGCGGCGAUUCACAAGGGUAUUAAGCCGAUUUCUCGGGUUUGA